CACACCCACAACCUACAACGAUGCCGCAAGAGCUCGUCACCGCCGACGAGUUCCUCACGCGCCUCACGACGGCCUUUGCGGGCCCCUCGAGCGCCAUCUGGCUCUCGCACAAGCGGCAUACGUUCGAUGCCGGCGGAGACGCGAGCAUGACUGCCGUCGACGACGGGGAGGCCGAGCACGACGUGCUGAUCCGGUGCACGCAUGGCGAGACCAAGUUUUCCGCACGGGUCCCCGCGUCAUCACUGCACACCUUCCACGCGGCGUACGGCGCGCUCCUCAAGGCGUCCAUGGCGCCGCACAUGCGCAAGCGUGACAAGAAGAAGGAGCGCGCGCGCGCCGACGCGGCGGAACAGCGCAAGCGCGAGCUGUUUGUCGACGUCAAGAUUGGCGCCGAGGGCAAGCGCGGCAAGGGACGGCGACAGCGGAUGCGCAAGGUCGCCGCGCAGAAGAAGAAGGAGGCCGAGCGGGAGCGCAUCGAGCUGCGCGACGCUGCGAGAAAGGCGCAGGAGUAGAGAGAGUCGGCGGCACGACGGCUCACGCCAGCCGGAGAGCAUGGGUCGAUGACCCGUAAUACGAUACGCUUCAUGCAGGCGCU